GCUGUGUGCUGCUCUGAUGAACAUUGAAUUUCCCACAGAGACACCCCACAAACUGACCAAAGAGACACAUCUAACUGCACUGGCAAAGUGGAAGUGGAAGUUGGAGCAAAACAACAAACAAACAGCAGCAGUUCAGUGAAGAGAGCAAGAAAUUUAUCUUGGGCAGGAUGGCAUCUGCUCAGGACCUUCUAAUCCUGGCACUGUAUGGCUUGUUACUAGAGCUACCGGCUGGAUGUCACGCAGCAGAUACGAGGCAGCCAAGGUUACGUCUGUCACAUAAAGAGCUCUGGGAUUUAAACAGGACGUCAGUCUUUCGUAGCCCGUUUGGAUAUCUUGGACUUCAUGUGAUGCUGCUGGAUGAGUAUCAAGAGCGACUGUUCGUGGGAGGAAGAGACCUCUUGUAUUCCCUCAGUUUGGAUCGAAUCAGCGACAACUACCGAGAGAUCCAUUGGCCUAGUACACCUCUGCAGGCAGAAGAAUGCAUAAUUAAAGGAAGAGAUGCUGAUGAAUGUGCAAAUUACAUCCGUGUCCUUCACCGAUACAACAGGACCCAUCUUCUGGCUUGUGGAACAGGAGCUUUUGAUCCACUCUGUACUUUUGUAAGAGCUGGACAUCCAUCAGAGGAUCAUCUGUUUCAACUGGAAUCGCACAAAUUUGAGAGAGGACGAGGCAGGUGCCCUUUUGACCCCAGUUCUUCCUUCACCUCCAUCUUAAUUGGUGGUGAACUUUUUACUGGUCUCUACAGUGACUACUGGGGAAGAGACGCUGCCGUGUUUCGCUCCAUGAACCGCGUGGCCCAUCUUCGCACUGAGCCGGACAAUGAGCGCCUGCUGAAAGAACCAAAAUUCGUUGGCUCAUACAUGAUUCCUGACAAUGAAGACCACGAUGAUAACAAAGUAUAUUUCUUCUUUACUGAGAAAGCUUUGGAAGCUGAGACAAGCACUCAUGCCAUAUAUACCAGAGUGGGACGUGUAUGUGCGAAUGACAUGGGAGGCCAGCGAAUGCUCGUCAAUAAAUGGACCACUUUCCUCAAAACCAGACUAGUUUGUUCUGUGCCAGGGAGAAAUGGAAUUGAUACACAUUUUGAUGAAUUAGAGGAUGUGUUUUUGCUGCAAACUCGUGAUAACAAAAAUCCAGUGAUAUUUGGCCUCUUCAACACGACAAGCAACAUAUUCAGAGGAUAUGCUAUAUGUGUUUACCACAUGGCAAGUGUCCGAGCAGCUUUCAAUGGACCAUAUGCUCAUAAAGAAGGACCUGAAUACCACUGGGCUCUCUAUGAAAGAAAAGUACCUUAUCCUAGACCUGGUUCAUGUGCCAGCAAGGUGAAUGGCGGGCUGUAUACCACCACUAAAGACUAUCCUGAUGAAGCUGUCCAUUUUGCCAGGAGUCAUCCACUGAUGUAUCAGCCCAUCAGGCCUGUUCAUAAGAGACCAAUACUAGUUAAAACAGAUGGAAAGUACAAUCUUAAACAAAUAGCAGUGGACAGAGUGGAAGCUGAAGAUGGGCAAUAUGAUGUUCUGUUCAUUGGCACAGAUAAUGGUAUUGUGCUGAAAGUUAUAACAAUUUACAAUCAAGAGACAGAAUCAAUGGAAGAAGUGAUUCUUGAAGAGCUGCAAGUAUUCAAGAUGCCAGUUCCUAUUAUUUCUAUGGAAAUCUCUUCGAAAAGGCAACAGCUCUACGUGGGAUCCGAGGCGGUCAUAGCCCAAGUGAAGUUCCACCAGUGUGACAUGUACGGCACAGCCUGCGCUGACUGCUGCCUGGCUCGGGAUCCCUACUGCGCUUGGGACGGGAUCUCCUGCUCCCGCUACUACCCCACAGCAGUGCAGGCAAAGAGACGUUUCCGCAGACAAGACGUUCGGCACGGGAACGCAGCGCAGCAGUGCUUUGGCCAGCAGUUCAUUGGUGAAGUUCUGGAGAAGACUGAGGAGCGAUUUGUUUAUGGAAUAGAGUACAACAGCACUCUUCUGGAGUGUACCCCUCGGACCUUACAAGCAAAAGUCAUCUGGUUUGUCCAGAGGGCACAUGAAACUAAGAAGGAAGAGGUGAAGACCGAUGAUAGAAUAAUAAAAAUGGACCUUGGCCUUUUAUUCCUGAAGCUGCAUCGACUGGAUGCAGGGACUUAUUUUUGUCAGACAGUGGAACACAGCAUUGUUCACACUGUCAGGAAAAUCACCCUGGAAAUAGUCGAGGAAGAACGUGUAGAUGAAAUGUUCAAUAAAGACUAUGAGGAGGAGAUCCCUCACAAAAUGCCAUGCCCAAUGCAGAGCAGUAUACCUCAGGCUUCAAAGCCAUGGUAUAAGGAAUUUCUUCAACUGAUAGGUUACAGCAACUUCCAGAGGGUGGAAGAAUACUGUGAAAAAGUGUGGUGUACAGAUAAGAAGAGAAAAAAGCUGAAAAUGUCUCCAUCCAAGUGGAAAUAUGCCAGCCCUCAGGAGAAGAAGGCAAGGAUCAGGCCAGAGCAUUACCGGCUGCCCAGGAACAUAGCUGACUCUUGAUGGACAAAAUCCAUCCACUGUUUCUGAGCAAAAUUUUAUUUGGACUUAAGAGGGAGAAAUCAGUCUUGGUUUGAGUAAAUUUCACAGGUUUAUAUAUGUAAAAUAUUGGGACUGAAAACAAAAAUGCUAUGGUAAGUUAUAUUGUACACUCAUGAUGACUGUUUAGAAGCAUUUUAAACAAAAUCUUCCCAACUAUCUGAUUCUAAGUAAGCAAAUGCAAUCAGAGUUUUGCAUUAGGGAGGAUGUGACAAUCUUCAGGUUUUGAGUGCUUGAAUCAGUUUCCUGUGUGGAUUGUGCUUGCGCUGUAUAUUGUUGCACAUGAUGGCAUAUUUAACAAAUUCAAAUAGCUAAACAUUCACAAGUGGAUGAAAAGUAUAAGAGAUAUCUUUUCUUUGUUUCACAAAUUUCUCAUGCUUCUGAAAGCAGCACGUCUUAAGAUCUUAUUCCUUUUGAUUGUGACCUGUCUGAGUUCAUCACUGAGAACGAGUUGUGUUAAUACAGUGUACUGCUACUUCUAAAGAUAAUGAAGGGAAAUCCUAUUUACUUCCCACCUUUUUUUUUUUUCAGUAUCAGCCAUUUAUGAAGCGCAGUGUGCUCCCACAGCUAAAUAAUAUUGCCUAGUAAUUUCA